CCCCGUUGUUCCUCUCAAAGGUAAACAAAAGCACUGGACCAACAACAAGGAGUGGCAGUAAGAGACGGGGGAAGGACAAGAGACCUCAACCUGUCACAUUUCUUCGCCGAGCUAAUAUUUUUAUGAGCAUCAGCCAGCAAGAGCCUCCAAGAUGGCCAUGUCUUCCUCCUCACCCAUGGACAGACUCAUGACCCUGGACAAUAUCGAGAAAGAUAUUGCCACGGUGCUGCAGUCAGCCGGCCAGGCCCUCACCGAGCUGAGCAAGGACAAGCCGGCCAACAAGCAGGUGGAGGCGCACGUGACUCAGUUCCGCCAGACACUCACCAACGUGGAGACGGAACUCGCCAAGCAGAUCAACUACCUCACCCAGGUCUCCACAGGUCAAGCACACGAGGGGUCCAGCUACAACUCCCAGAAGACCCUACAGAUGGCCAUGCACCGACUGGACCACGCCAAGACCAGAGUGAAUGAGCUGGAGGCAAUUAAGACCAAACACCUUCAGAUCCUCCAGCAACACCAGCUCCAGAAACAACAGGGCAUGCAGCAACCGCCCCAACCCUUGUGAUGAGGAGUGGAGGGGAGUGGGGAGGGUGAUAGUAGUGGCAGGGGGAGAAGGAUGUGGGUAGAUGCAGGAGUGGAGUUGGGGAGUAUCGGGGAGGGAGGUUGUGACAGUUAAGGUAGAGGGAGAAGGAAGUGGGUAGAUAGACACCCCAUUACGGUAAGGAAAGGAGGGGAUGAGGGAUGUUUGGGGGAGAUGGUUGUGGUAUGGAAAGAAGGGUGUGGGGAGAUGCAGCACCUCCCCAACUUUUGUGCCGUGAAGUUGAGGGAAUGGGAACAGUUGGGAAGGCUUGGGGUGGGUGUGGUAGGUGACAGUGGUGGUUGGGGAAGAAGGAAAAAGAGUGGUAUUGAUGGGUUAUGAAUGUGCUGGUUGAAAAAUACUUAAGUUUUCAUCAUCAGCCAUGACUUGUCAGCUCCAGAACAAAGACCUUUACCAGUGUUCUCUACCUCACUGUCUGUUGUUAGUUUACUCCAUCCUACCCCAGCAAUGGUUAUUUAAUUGAUCUACUUGCUCUAUUUGCCCUGUCGAUUACACUUCCUAGGUUGCCACUCCGUUACUCUGGCAAGAAUCUCGAAAAUGGCAAUAACUGAUAAUAUUUAACCAUCCAUUUCCCUUGCUUUGGUAUUAUACAAGUGAAGGUGAUACAAGCUUAAAAGAAUAACAAAAAAAAUCUCAUAAACAGUAUAUAGGAAAGUUGAGAGAUUCAUAGUGUGUCGUAUGUCGAAAAUUUAAUAACUGAUAAUAUAUAACUAUCUGCUUCCCUUCCUUUGGUAUUACACAAGUGAAGGAGAUACAAGCUUAAAAGAAUAACAAAAAACAACUUGGGAACAGUAUACAGGAGAGUUAAAAAAAGAGAGAUCCAUGGUUUAUCUUAAUAUUCUUUACUUCAUAUAGUUUCUUCACGACUGAGGGGAGACGGAAUCAUUUCAUAGCAAUACCGAUAGAGUGAAGGAGUAACAGCGAACAAACCAGCAGCAUCAGUUACACAAAUAUAUAUAUGGUUUUACAGAUUCAGUAGUACUUAUGAUGUCAUGUGUAUCCAUCCAGUCAAUUCACAGCACAUUGAAAGAAGCGUGAAGGGAAAAUACAUACCAUCAUCAUUAGAAGCAUAGAAAACAAAUAUAAGUACACAGAGUAACUUCACCAUAAAGGACAUGAAAAAAAAAGGAAAAAACGGAAAGAAGAAAAAUUAACAGCGUUCAAAUUUGAUGUUAUACUCAAGAUGUACGUUACAAGAAUCAUACUUUUGAAACACGCCCAGCCAAAAUAAAAUUAACACAAAGUAACCUCACCGGACAUGAAAAUACAAUAGCAUUCAUUUACAAAACACAGAAAGAAGAGAAAAAAUAAGAACAUUUGUAUUUGAUCUUAUAGUACUCAAGACGAACACUUCAAGCAUCGCACAUCUGCAACACGCCCAGCCAUCCUUGCCAGAGAAGCAGCAGAGCAAUGGGAGGACCAGUACAAAAAAUAAUUACUGUGGGUCGUGAGUUUCAUAAGCGGAUAAAUAUUAUAUGUGACACGAUCCUUAGUAUAGAUGCCGAGUGUUCCCAGUGUGUGUGUGUGUGUGUGUGUGUGUGUGUGUGUGAAAAGAUGAUGAGGGUUGGUUGUGAAAGAAAAAAAAUGAGAAAGCAGAUGAAAAUAAAAAGAAAAGGAAGAAAGGAGAAAUGAAAACAUAAGUGGCAGUAAAAACAACUCAGAGAAUAAUAGUCAGAAAAGUACACAAAAAAAUUAAGCCAAAGUAUCAAAACGUGUGUGUGUGUGUGUGUAGUCAGUCUGGGAACACUCAAAUCAGUAUCUUUUCUUUUAUCAGGUUUUCAUACUGUAACAUAAUUUGUAUAAGAGAAAAAAAUAACAACAAUCAUCUAGUA